GGUGGUUAAGCUGGGCUGAAAUUGGGUCAUGUAACAAGACAAUGAUCCCAAGCACACUUGCAAAUUCACAACUGAAUGGCUAACAAAGAACAAAAAUCAAGGUGUUGAAAUGACCAACUGAAAGUCCAGACUUUUCCAGAGAUGCUGUGGCAGGAUAUUAAGAGAGCUGUGAAUAAACGAAAGCCCUCAAACAUCAAUGAACUGAAGAAACGUUGUAAAGGCGAGUGGGCCAUAUUUUCUCCAAAAUGUUGUGAGACUGUUAAACUCCUACAGAAAAUGUUUACUGAGGGUGGCUUUAUGUGCUGGCUACAUAAAAUCUGUUUUUUUUUUUUUGUUUAUUAUUGUCACCUUAGGUUAUUUGUUUGUUUAUAGAAGUUGGUGAGGACCACACAAUUGUUAUUUAGGCCCUGAUAAAUAAAAACAUAGAACUGGAAGAGAUGUAUUGUACUGUAUGUGCAAUAACAUGCAUGGUUUAUGUUGUUCCAGUGUCAAUAUUUCAUCAGAUUAUAACAGUAACCAAGAUGUAAGUAAGAUGCCUUUAUAGUAGAUCAUUUGUAUCCACUGACCUAUGCAAUUACAUAUUUAUGCUCUUGACAAAACAAUACAUUUUGUCAAUCCAUUGUUUGGCUUAAACGUUUUAAUUUCAUUUAAAACCCAGAUAGUAUUCCAUGUUUGUUUGUUUGUCAGUUUUUAUUUUAUUUGUUAUUUAUGUCCUGUCAGAAAUUAUAUUUGACAUUUUGAACAUUAUUGCACUUGGCUGCAAAGAUGGCAGCGCUGGUGACGUGUCUGGUUUGUUACAUCACGUCAUAUGGUAACCGUCAGACUGGGAAAAACCGUCAUCUGGGUACAGGAACCUGUCGUAGGUCCGAGGAGUUAAAGGAAUUUCGGUUAAUAUUACAAGCAAGUUGCAAUAUAUGCAACUAUAGCAUACGUUUCUAUCUUGUAAACUAAAUGGCGAUGAAUAUUGGGACAUUUUUCACGGAUUUUCCCACAUGACGUGUGACUCAGUGACCUCUUCAUAUCAGUGAAAUCCUGUGUGAUCUUCCAGCCAAUCACAACACAAGGGGCGGGACUUAUUUAAAUAAUAAACACGUUCACGUCCGCUCUGAUUUCCGGGUUGGCGAAUUUCUGCAGGUGCCAAUUUAUCCACGUCACUUUUGUUUUUACUUGUGUAACGUUUACAGCUCCCGCACGCAUACACAAUAACGUCUUUCUACCGGAUUUAUUCCGCGUUAACUCUUACAAACCGCAGGCUGCCAUGGCGUUACUGGAAACGGACGACAGUUAUGAUUUCGUCUUCAAAAUAGUUUUGGUCGGGGAUGUCGGUGUGGGGAAAACCUGCGUGGUUCAGCGGUUUAAGACGGGCACUUUUAUCGAAAGGCAAGGUAACACAAUCGGAGUGGAUUUUACAAUGAAGACGAUGGAAAUUCAGGGGAAAAGAGUUAAGUUGCAGAUUUGGGACACGGCGGGGCAGGAGAGGUUUCGGACUAUCACGCAGAGCUACUACCGCAGCACAAAUGGUGCCAUAAUCACGUACGACAUCACCAAGAAAGCAUCCUUCAUGGCUGUGCCCAAAUGGAUGGAGGACGUCAAGAAAUAUGGCGGCUCAAACAUUGCCACUCUUUUAAUAGGUAAUAAAUCAGACUUAACUGAAGAGCGUGAUGUUUCUUUUGAGGAAGCUCAGUCGAUGGCUCACCAGCUGGACUUCAUUAGCGCUAUCGAAACGUCUGCCAAAGACUCCAGCAACGUGGACGAAGCGUUUAAUAAAAUGGCAGCCGAGCUGAUGCUGAGACACGGCGGGCCCGUGUUCAGAGACAGCGUAACCGACAGCUUCAAACUCAACAGCAAGGACGUGAGCGGCGAGGCCUGGAGCUGUGGCAGCUGUUGAUGCUGGUUUUGUUUUUUUUUAACUUUGUCAUACCUGUUCUUAGCCACGUUGGCCUGUAAUUCAUCACAGGGCUCCUUUGUGUAAAUCACGGGCUUAAUCGUCAGUGUUGACCGAAUUAUAAAUCAUUAAUUGAUUAACAGAUGUACUCCUCCGAUUUUCAGGGAGCGGUAGUUGGCCAUGGCAGGCCCAAAAGUAACUGCGUUUUAAGAAAGAUGAAGUAAAGGGAGUAGUGGAAAAUGCACAGAAACGAUUAAAGUAGCUGCUGCUUGGAUCUUAUAGGAACGUUGACGAUCCUACUAUGAUUAUAAUAAGAGAAUGAUGAGGUUUCAGCCACGUUUCAACCACUUGUGGUUUGCUCUGGUUUGACCUGCCUGAAAUUCUCAAACUAGCUUCGUAUUAGCUGUAGCUAAAUGUGUUUAAAAGUUUAAAUCAGUACAUUGUUGUAGUUGAUUCAAUCUGGAGAAAGUGGAAUAAGGUGAGGAUAGUCUCGUAUGCCACUGUUUUCUCCAGCUGACUUAUUUUACACCUGAUCAUUAGUACUGAACCUGCUGCUGAGGCACUUUUAUUUAAAUAUGUAUCAUUAUAUCCCAGUGAGCACCAGCCAACCAGAGAUGGCGAUGAAUUUCCUUGAAUGGAUCAACCAAAAAUUUUGCUAAGAAGUGUACACAAUGUGCUCCUUACACCCAGUGUACAUAUGAAUGUAUUCCAGCGUUUGCUUCUUUAGUUCAGCAUUACACGAAAUACCAUCCAGAUAGUCUGAUUUGGAAUAGCAGAGAAAGUCUGUUAGAUAUUAAAAUGACUCAAAUGGGAAAAAUCUGAUUCGCCUCUAAUAUACAAGCCUGGGGUCAUAUUUCCUGCCCGAGUCUGAUACUCGCGUGGAAUGACACCAAAUUAUGUGUUGAGAAAGAAAACUGAUUUCGCCAUCAAGAUGCCAGCUUCUACUGUUCAUUUUGAUAGAUAACAUUAUCUAUAUAGAUUUUGAGCUUUUUUUUAAAAAUCAAUAUGUUUGUUAAGGAUUUUAUCAUUUAUAUCAAGGUUAUAUGUGAAAGAAAAGAAAGUAGAUACUAGAAGACAAUCCACCAACUCACCCGCCCCAGUGAUUUUGAGAUUACUGAGCAGAUGAAUACGGUUUGAGACGAGUGCUGAACUGAUAGUUGUGAGUCCCAGACUGUAGCGCCAACAAAACUAAAGACGCGAACAUCAGACACCAAACAUAUCUUGGCUGAUGAAAUACAUUUAGAGUAAGUGGGAUGUUGUACAAGCUGUAUUUCUGGCUAUCCUUAAGCCCAGUGGUCACCAACCCUGUUCCUGGAGACCGACCUUCCUGAAGACUGUAGCUCCAACCAUAACCGUGCUCACCUUACCAUCUAAUCAUUGCCUUAAGAAGUUCUCGAUCAAUUAAAGCAGGCGUGUUAGCUUUUGGCUGGAGAUGAAAGCUGCAGGAAUCUCCAGGAACCGUUUUGGUGACCACUGAGUUAGUCCAUAAAAUGUGGUUAUUUGACAGUUAUGGACUUCCUUGGACACUAAAGAUGCCCUGACCCAAUGCUGAGAUUUUGGGUUUGAGAUAUCGGAUCACGUUUGACAAGUUCUCCAAUCCAUUCUACUGUGGUACUUUAUCCAGUUUUUAAAUGCAUUUUAUUUGUGUAGCACUUUUGACACUGUCACAAAGCAGCUUUACAGAAAUCUGGGCUUAGAUCUAGACCCCUAAUGAGCAAACUAGCGCUAUAUAAAUAAAACUGACUUGAAUCGGCAUGGCAAGGAAAAUCUCCAUGUCGACUGAUUCAGCACUUGUCUCACAGCAAUGCCUCAGAAGUGUCUCAUAACUUGGCAUCUGAAGCUUGCAGAGAGUCGAGUCAGUUUCUGAGAGGAUUCAUAUCAGAUGCACUUUACUCAGAAAUCUGCACUCGGUGUUGUAUCAAACAGUGGUAUCACUGUAUCCUUAUUAAAUAGACAUACGUAAAAUCUGACGUCUUGUUUACGACCCCAGUCAGCUUUUCUAUAUCCCUUGAAACGCGUUCACUCUGGCCCAAAACCUAGAUGUCUGGGUCUUUGAACCAUCUUUGUGCUCACUGGGGAAUAAUUACACAAAGACGAUCUAGUAUCAGGUGUGUUUAUAGUAUUAAACUGGAAACAUGUUGAGCGUAUAGGGUUAAAAACCCUGGCUGUAUUGUUAGUGUUAAUAUUUUAACAUGUGUAAGAGUAUAUAAUAAAGAAAUAGCAAACAAAUCCGGGAAAGUUGAAAGAAAAUGAGGAAUAAAUUUCCGCUUUUCACAUGAAUGAAACUCUUUAGUAAGUAAUGUUUAGGCAGAUUUGAAUAAGAAUACGAAGGUAAAGUAUUGUUUGUGAUCGUAUUAGAAAGUAAAUUAGCAAAGCCUUUUCUGUUGUUUUUUCUUUCUUUCUUUAAAUUCUUUUAAAACAUUUCCUAUAUAAUUUAAAAUUCCAUACUUUGUAUUUUACAGACUGGUUAGGAUGAAAGGGGCCAUAUUAUUAUUAUUAUUAUUAUUAUUAUUACAUUAUAAUUAUUAUAUAUUAUUGUUGAAGACUUUUAUUGAUCUCAUGCAGUAUCUGAAAAGAAGGUUUAAGGACUAAUUGCAUCUCAAGCCACAUUUAUACUAUUUAUAUCCAAAUGUUUCAUGAACGAAGGUUUAACAAUCCCUUCAAUACUUCUAGUAGUGUUUAAUAUUUCUAGUACACUUUUUGUAAAAUACAUAAUUUAUACACCGUAUAUAAAGGACAGUACAAUUUCUUUUGCGGAGUACUUUUACAGUUUUUAGAUUUAUUACAUUUAGCAUUUUUGUGCUAAACAGUUUGUACGUGUUUUGGAUGUAGAGCCAGUGACUUGAAAGUGAACGGUAAAACAGCGUUCCUGAUUCAGUGUGUUAAGUGCCUUUAAUACAAUUUGGAUAUUGCUGGUAUGAUGUAGUCUUUUCCUAGGUAUAUAAAAUGUAACUAUGCAUUUUUAUCAUGAUGUUUGAUCAAACAAUUAAAUUUUUUUGCUCUCUCAAACGGUGGUAUUUUUUGUAUGCACAAUAAUUAAAUUUUCUAAACGAUUGCCGUUCAUAUUGAAUGCAUUGUUUUAUGAAUAAAACUGUUCGAGCAUAAAUGCCGAGUAUGAUUGUAGUUGGAAGCUUCUAAUCAACCCAUCAGGAAACCUUUGCGGGUGUUUUGAGUUAAUUCGCUGAUUUGAGCUCUUCUCAGGUCGACAUUUCUGUGUUUAUAAAUUCUUUAUUCGAAUAUUUUUGUGAUACUGGAUUUUUGAUUUCCAUGUAAGCCGUAAUCAUCAACAUUUUAAAAAAAAACAAACAAAAAAAAAACAAACAAAAAAACGGCUUGAAAUAUUUCACUUUAUGUAACAAAUCUAGAUUAUAUAAAAGUUCCACUUUUUGAAUUAAAUUAUGGAAAACUUUUCCACGAUAUAAAUUUUUUUUUUGAGCUGCAUCUGUACUUUAACUCUUAUAUUUAAUAUUAGAUUUAAUAUUUAUUAACGCUUAACAAUAAAAACAAAAGUGUCUGAAUACUUAUUUCCCGUCACUGUAUAUACAGGAAAUUCUAUCCCUCGUUUAAAGUAAAUCGAGAAAUGUUAGCUUUUACAUUCCUUCUCCAGGACAAGUAUCUGAAUCAUCCUUUUCCAUGCACACAUUUAUUCAUACCACAGCACUUUUGAGUUCUCUGAUCUGUUGGGUCAGAAAGUGUUGAUUCAUUUUCUAUAAAAGCAGCUCUGCUAAUAGGACUUACCGCGAGGUUUAUAUUAAAUUGCUUGUUCUAUGUUAUGGUUUCUAUAGUAACAACUUACACAGAGACUUGCCUGGAGGACAUCGACAUAAAUUAAUUAUAAAAUGUUUUGUCUGGUGUGUGUAAUAGUGAAGUUUUCUGUUUAUGUAGCAUUUAUGGAAGGAGUCUCCAGUGUCAGUUUUUUUUUUUGUGUAACGGUCAGUAAAUUUUCCAACAUGGAGGAGUCUUUAGGACCGAGGAUUUAGCACUUUACAGGUUCUCAGUAACAUGGCAAGCUGUGUUUUUCUUUUCUUUACUUCUUUUUUUAAAUUAACUUCAAG